UUCCAUUGCCUUUUGUAUAACAAAUUGUUUUCUAAAUUGCAAUAAUGUUUGGCUUAUAAAUGGCUCUUCUCUUUCCAUCCAUCUAUUAAUCCACAGAAAGAAAUGGUGUGUUUAAUGGUUGUCGACAAACAAAGGCUCGCAAUCAGAAUCUGUUCCCUCCGUCGUGUUGUUGGAAGUGUCGAUCGCCCGGUUCGUGUCCGUACCAUACGGUCCGCACCACUGCUACUCAACUCAAUAAUAAUAAUAACAAUAAUAAUACGCGAGAUGUGGGGCCGGCGUUAGGGAUGCGAAAGUCGAGUAGUUUAGAGAGUUUACAAACUUUAAUGCAAGACAUACAGAAAGAGCAGUUGGAAAAUGUGAAUCCAUUCACAACACCAC